GCUUGGGCAUGGGGGCCACUUCCUACAUGAUUUCUGCUCAGAGGAGAGAGCGAGCGGUCUUAGUUUGAACAAAAUGGCUGCAAGAACGCUGUCAACGAGAGCUCACUGAACGCAUUAUGACUGUCCACUCUUACAUUUGGAUUUUUCGAGAAUGUAUUUUCUUGGAUUCGUUUUUCAAUUUGCAUUCGUAGUAGCAAGGUCGUCGGUCAGAUGUUGUUGCUAACCUGCUAGCUCCUCAGCUAGCGGCCUAAACACAAAUUAUUUCAUUUUGCACUUUAACCCAAGUUUCCUAGCUAGCUAGCCAUUUUCGUCGACAAUUUACUGAAAUCUGCCUAUUUACUUUCAUUUGCAAAUUACUCCUUACAACAGUCGAUGACUAAUGCCAACUAGCUAACGUUAACUCCGCUACUUUUCGAAUCGGAAUUGUUUCUCUUGCUUUUUCGUCUUGCUGCUUUUUUUUCUAUAUCGUGAUACUUUAACGUUUAGCAUGUUUUUUUGUUGCGAAAAUUGUACUUUUAGUGCAUCGUUGCGCUAAAAUACAAAGUUCUUAUUGUGUGUUUUUCCAAGUAUCGAUCUCGGUAUUUUUUGUUAAGCUGCUCAAACAGUUAUCCAGUCAGUAAGCCCCUGCAGCAGGAGAGCUAAACUUGGCUAAUGCUAGCUAGUUGGAUAACUGCGAAGACUGAAUUCCUGAUUUGUCAUUUACGGGUAUUUUUCGGAAAAGGCACAGCAGAAUGCUUUUCUGCAUCAUUCUCUGUCAUGCACCAACUCUGUAUUGAAAGCUGCCAAAGCUCAACGUGUGAUUACGCAAGCUGAAAGAAGCAAACAACACGAGAAGAGAACCAUUUGAUGGAAGAAAAUAAAAAGCAAGAAAAGACCAAGAAGGAAGCUGCUCAGAAACAGGCUGCUGACACGAAAACCAAAGUGCCAGAGCCAGCUAAGCCCAGCCCCGGUCCCCUCCACCACCCCACCACCAGUGUGACCCUGCCCCAGGCCUCACAUCCCCCCUCCUACUCCUCUUCAGUCAGAACCAAUGGGAAGCGCGCCCCCCCUAGCACCCAGCAAACACCACAGCAGCUGACCCCACCUCCGCCGUCAUCGUCCUCAGGCCCCCGCUACCCGCCCCGUGAGGUGCCCCCGCGUUUCCGCCAGCAGGAGCACAAGCAGCUACUGAAGAGGGGUCAGCCACUGCCAGCCGGAGCCCUGAGUAGCCUCACCGUGACCCCUGCCUCUGACCCGCUCAUCCCCGGUGUCCCCGCUUCUUCCUCCUCCGCAGGCAAGCGCCACACAGACCUGCCCUUCCAGAGUGGUCCUGGUGCCCAGUAUGAGAAUCCCCACUGGGGAGCCUUACCACCAGCCACCGACCGCAGCAACACCACCACCAGUAGUAGCUGGGAUCAAGUGAUCAUCGACGGGAGCGACACCGAGGCCUGGCCCUCCAUCAGUCGCAGCAGCGUCAGCCGACCAGCGAAUCCUCCAGAAUGUGCCACAGCCGCUGACUGUACAAACCCAGAGACCAGCAGCAACAUGAGCAUGGCCGCGGGGGCUACUAGCCAGCAGGCCCACUACCCCUCCUCUCUCAAAGCUAACGUCGCUAACGUAGCUAGCAUGAUGCAGCCUAGCGGUGGCCAGGGAGUUGGAGCCAUCGGCAGCAGGGGCUGGGGCUCCGGACCAGGCCCCAUCACCAUGGGCCCCACUGAGGGAGCCAAACCCGACGGCCUUGGGCCCAACAUGGGUCGGAGUGGAGGAGCACCCAGCUGGAACUCCCAGCCCAGCUUUAGCCUGAACCUGAACCCCAACGCCAACCCCUCGGCCUGGCCCGUGCUGGGGCAAGAGGGGGCUGGAGGUGGCCCGAACCCCGCCUCACUACCACCCAACGGUAGCCUGGGAGGGGACGAGAACAACAGCAGCAGCACCUGGGGAGGCAUGAUGAGCCCUGAUGCCCCGUCCUCCAAUAAGAAUGUGUCUUUCAGCAGCAUGGAACACCCCAACCUUAACACUGACGGACAAAACAGCCAUCACACUAAGCAACCCCUCAGCCCCAUCCACGGUCUGCCCGGCUGGGGAGGCCAGUCCCCUACUGAGUCCUCCCAGCUCAACGGAGACUCAGGGAGCUCCGUCUGGGGCAACGGAGACACCAAGACAUCUGCUGACUCCUCCUCCAAGAACUCAGGCUGGGACUCAGCACCCUCCGGAGGCAUGUCCGGCUGGGGCCACUCUGGCAGCGGAGGAGGCGGGAGUGGCAGUGGAGAAGGAGGCUGGGGAGGAGACUGGGGAAAGCACUCCAGCGGUGGAGGAGAGGUCAAAGGAGGCUGGGAUUCCUCAGAUGGCCCAGCCCAGGACCAGCAGGUGAGCUCCUGGGGCCAGCCAACCCCGGCCCCGGCUAGUGAGGGUAGCGGGAGCGGUGGCAGCGAGGGGCGCAUCCAUCGCAGGGAUCAGACUGGCAGCGAGGACGGAGGCCCCCCUUCCCUGCCUCGGCAGGACCUGGACCCCCGUGUGCUCUGCAACACAGGCUGGGGCCAGACGCCCGUCCGCCAGCACACCUCCUGGGAGAUGGAGGAGCAGCGUGUCGCCAACGAGAGGAAGACCAGCGAGAUGAGGGGAGGCGGUGGAGGGGACACAUGGAGGGGCUCCAACAGCCCCUCUUCCGGAUCCCCACCGGAUCCCCGGAACGGGGGAGCCAACCCCAACCUGGGACCAUCUCAGAGGCCAGGCUCAGGGGGCUCCGGAGGCAAGAGCGAAGGCCCCUCAGGCUGGGGAGGCCCUCCACCCUCAGGCUGGGGGGAGCAGCCUGUCAACAAGGCCCCCAACGGUUCCGUCAGUGGCUGGGGGGACCCCAUGGCCCAAGGCCCCAAUACCACAAACAAUGGCCCAAAGAGUGGAGGUCAAUCCUGGGGUGUCCCUGAGGAGAAGUCCUCCCCUACCUGGGACGACGGGCCAGCCAAGACCCAGCAGAACCAAACCCAGAGCUGGGGAGAGGGGCCCAAGUCCUCCUCUCACGGCUGGGGCUCCGGCCACGGAAGUGGCAGCAAUGGAUCCAACGGCUCCAACGGCGGAGAGUGGAGAGAACCGGCCGAGGUGAAGAAGAAUGGGUCCUCCAGCCACAUGUGGGAAGGAGAAGGAGGAAAUGGACGAGGAGGGUGGAAGGACAGCCCCAGAGGGGGUGGAGGAAAUGGGGGCGGCUGGGGGUUGAAGCCUGCCCCUGCUGUUGGAGUUGGUGGCUGGGGGGAGACCCAGACCCAGCACCCCAACGGCCCAGCACCAGGAUGGGGCUCCAAGCCCCAGGAAAGCCCCAGCGGCCCAGCACCAGGAUGGGGCUCCAAGCCCCAUGAAAGCCCCAGUGGCCCAGCACCAGGAUGGGGCUCCAAGCCCCAGGAAAGCCCCAGUGGCCCAGCACCAGGAUGGGGCUCCAAGCCCCAGGAAAGCCCCAGCGGCCCAGCACCAGGAUGGGGCUCCAAGCCCCAGGAAAGCCCUAGCGGCCCAGCACCAGGAUGGGGCUCCAAGCCCCAGGAAGGCCCCAACGGCCCAGCACCAGGAUGGGGCUCUAAGCCCCAGGAAAGCCCCAACGGUCCUUCCCCAGGAUGGGGCUCCAAGCCUCAAGAAAGCCCCGACUGCAAUAAUGGAGGAGGUGGACCAGGAGGAGGCAGCAUGGGGUCCUGGGGCGGCCCUGCAUCUGUAAGGCAGAGUUCCAACCCCGGCUGGGGCCCGGGGAGCUCCGGAGCCAAACCUGACCCAGCGAUGGAGCCCACUGGCUGGGAGGAACCCUCUCCUCCCUCCAUCCGCCGCAAGAUGGAGAUCGAUGACGGCACGUCCACCUGGGGAGACCCCAGCGCCUACAACAAGACCGUGAAUAUGUGGGACCGCAACAACCCCACUGGAGGUAACGGUAGCCAAGGGAACAACCCCACCCAGCCGCCGAUCAGCAAGAGUAGCGGAUGCUUGACCGUCAACAACAGCCACAACAACCACUCCUCCGUCCCCCCUAGCAACAACAAUCAUCACCACAUGAACCACCACCACCUGCACCACGGACAGCCCCCGCCACACAGCCAGCACCACGGCAACAACAAUGGAUCCGCCAACACCGCUGCCCCGCACCAGGGCGGAGGACCCCAGGGCAGACCGCCUAUGGCCAACCCAGGCUGGGGGGAGCUGCCCAGUGUCCAGCAGCCCAAGCCAGAGCCGGCAUGGGGGGAGCCCGCUGGCCCCUCUCCUGCAGUGGACAACGGCACCUCUGCCUGGGGCAAACCCCCUGGUGUUCCUGGAGGCUGGGGCGAUGGGGGGCACGAGCCCAAUGGACCCUACAGGAGGGGAAACAACGGACCCUCUGGACCUGCACCCUGCAAGCCAGCCCUCAAAUCUAUGCAAGACGGUUGGGGAGGUGGGAGGGAGGAGGAGAUGGGCAUGUCUUCUGGCCAAUGGGAUGCUGACGCCGGAGACAUGUGGAACAGCCCCGCCUCCCAGGAGAACAGCACCUCCUGUAACUCGUGGGGCCAGCCACCCAAGAAGGGCCCGCCCAAGGGCAAGAUGGGCAACCAGCCAGACGAAGCCUGGAUCAUGAACCGUCUCAUCAAGCAGCUCACUGACAUGGGUUUCCCGAGGGAUCCUGCUGAGGAGGCUCUGAAGAGCAACAACAUGAACCUGGACCAGGCCAUGAGCGCUUUGUUGGAGAAGAAGACUGAACUGGACAAGCGGGGCAUGGGCAUGUCAGACUACAACAACGGGAUGAACAAGCCGCUGGGUUGCCGUCCCCAGGCCCUCUCCAAAGACCCCUCCUCGGACCGCAGCCCAUUCCUAGACAAGGACGGUGGUCUGUCAGAUGACGCCCCCCCCUCACCGUUUCUGCCUUCUCCCGUCAGCCUGAAGCUCCCUCUGGUUAACAACCUGCAGCCUGGGCUGGCCCUGGGCUCCCCGGGGCUCAACAUGCAAAACUUAAACAACAGACAGAUGCAGAGUGGAAUGUUGGGCAGUAGUGGAGCAGCACUAUCCCGGGCCAUGCAGCAGCCUCCUCCUCAGCCGUCAGUGCCGCCUCUCGGCUCCUCCCAGCCUAGUCUACGCGCUCAAGUGCCUCAGUUUCUCACCCCUCAGGUUCAAGCACAGCUCUUGCAGUUUGCUGCAAAAAACAUUGGUCUGAACCCUGCACUUUUAACCUCACCAAUAAACCCUCAACAAAUGACCCUGUUGUACCAACUUCAGCAACUGCAAAUGGCGUACCAGCGUUUACAAAUCCAGCAGCAGAUGAUGCAAGCUCAGCGCAACGUCUCCGGUCCCAUCAGACAACAAGAGCAGCAAGUUGCACGUACAAUCAAUAACAUGCAGCAGCAGAUCCAACAGCACCAGCGUCAGCUGUACCAGGCCUUGCUGAUGAAGCAGCAGCCCCCCGGCUCCCACUCCUCCUCCGGCCUGCACCCAGGCCAAGGCAAAUCAGCCCUGGACUCGUUCCCAGGCCACCCCCAGGCUCCGGGCCUCUCCGACCUGCACACCAAAGAGCCGCAUUCUUCUCCCAGCUCCUACAGCCCCUACCCCCUCUCUGGACUCAAUCUAAACAUGAAUGUAAACUGCAUGGAGGUGGGGGGCCUGUCCAUGAAGGAGCCUCCCCAGCCCCAGUCCCGUCUGUCUCAGUGGACCCACCCCAACUCCAUGGACAGCCUCUCUGGAAACUCCUCCCACAUGGAGGCCAACCUCAAUAAGCACGGUGCCAUUUCUGCUGCUUCUAAUCUGGGCCCCCCUGGAAAGCCCCCCCACAUGGAUGACUCCUACAGCCCCUACAGUAUGAUGGGUGGGUCUGAGUCCCCCACCUCCCCCCUGGUUCCCCCUGACAGCUGGGGCCAGGGACCGGGAAAGAGCCCCAAGGACCAGAUCACCAACGGAACAAAUAUCAACUGGCCCCCAGAGUUCUGUCCAGGCGUGCCCUGGAAGGGCCUGCAGAACAUUGACCCUGAGAACGACCCCAACAUGACCCCAGGAAGUGUUCCCAGCGGCCCCACCAUCAACACCAACAUCCAGGACGUCAACCGCUACCUGCUCCGGGACCGCAGCGGAGGUAAACUAUCUGACAUGAAGUCCACCUGGUCCCCGGGGCCCAUCUCCCACCCCUCCCAGGCCUCUCUGUCCCACGAGCUGUGGAAGGUCCCCCAGGGGCCCCGCAACAACACAGCCCCCUCCAGGCCACCUCCGGGCCUCACCAACCCCACCAAGCCCUCCUCCACCUGGGGAGGAAACUCCCUGGGCCUGGCCCAAGGCUGGAGCAGCUCAUACACCUCAGAGGGCACAACCUGGAGCACAGACAGCUCCAACAGGACCAGUAGCUGGCUGGUACUGAGGAACCUCACCCCCCAGAUAGACGGCUCCACCCUGCGGACGCUGUGCAUGCAGCACGGCCCCCUCAUCACAUUCCACCUCUUCCUGACCCAGGGAAACGCUGUGGUGCGAUACAGCUCCAAGGAGGAGGCUGCCAAGGCCCAGAAGUCCCUGCACAUGUGUGUGCUGGGGAACACCACCAUCCUGGCAGAGUUUGCUGGGGAGGAGGAGGUGAACCGCUACUUUGCGCAAGGCCAGCAGCAGCAGCAGCUCCCGCCCACCACCAGUUGGCAGCCCAACCCCGGCACCAAUCAGACGCGCAUGGGCGGAGGCUCACAGCAGCACGCCAUUGGCCAUCACUGGAGCAGCGGCGGCCUGGGGGGAGGAGCCAAGACCGGCGGAGGCGGAGACCUGCUGUGGGGGGGUGUGCCCCAGUACUCCAGCCUGUGGGGGCCCCCUAGUGUCGAUGAUAGUCGCGGCGUCAUCGGGAGCCCCAACCCCAUCAACACGCUGUUGCCAGGCGACCUGCUGAGUGGAGAGUCCAUGUAGGACAACACACUAACAAACCAACCAUGAGGAUGAAUGUUUCAACGCUGGAACAGACAGUGGAAAAAUAAUAAUAAAUACACAAAAAAAAUGACAAUGAACAGGAACAAAACCAAGCAAAUCAUGUGGCGAUAAUCAGUAUCAACGGAACUGUGAAUCGUGUACCGGAAGGCUGGGGGCGACGACACAAGACUGCUGACCCCUACGCCCUUCGGUUUUUACGUUUUUUUCCCCCUUCUUUUUUAAAGGGGAUUUUGUUUUUAGUAUUUGAUAAAUGUUGGAAGCAAACAAAAAUGAAAUGCCGAAAAGACUCAAUGAAGAGAGAACCAUUAAGUGUUUUUAAGUUUUCCAUGAAUAUCGCACAUUCUGUGUGAAGUGUUUUAAGGAGAAGCAAUCGAAGAAGCUGCCAUUUUGAAUCUUUCCUUUGCCCACGAAACUCCAAAUUGAUUAAAAAAAGACCAUUCCCAGCAUGCCUGUGGCCAAUGAUGUGGCUCAAAGACCUUUUACUUAUGUUAUUGUUUUGUUUCCAAGCACUAAUAUUAGCCUUAAGUGCUCUACUGCAGCCCAGGUCCUCCUUCAAUCUCAAGCCUUUUUCAUUGUUUUGAAACUCAAGAGAAAUUGUGAGUUUGAAAGCUUGCACAAUUCCCAUCUCUGAGCCAGUGAAUGGAACAGAACAAGUGUGAUCAACCAAGGUCGUAUUCACUAGGAACGAAACGGAAGCAAGCGGACUGAAACUGAGGGACUACCUGAACUUUGUCCAAUAAGAAAUGCUUGUUUUCGCAUGCUGUUGCAAAACGUUUUGCCACGUGUGCACCUAAUGAAUAUGACCCCAAGUCACUCGGCAGUAUGAGGCCUGUCAACACUGACCCAACCGAUCAUCAGUUAAAACCUUUUUCUGUUUUUUUGGUCGUUCAUUUGUUCUUAAAGGGAUUUACACUGCUGUUUUUGUUCUUUUUGUAUAUGAGGCGCAUUUUUAUAUCUAUCGCAACAUAAGCUGAGAGAUUAUUACACAUCGACCGACCUAGCUGCGUCUGUUUUAUGUGUGUACUUGAGUAUAUGUCUGAUGGAACCUAAUCAUUCACGUCUGGGAGUUCAGAUUACCACUGCUCAGAAGAACUACGACUUCAGCUAUACUCACCUAACGAGACUUACAGGUGCUUCUUGUCAAUUAUUAACAUUAUUUGUCGGUUCCGUUGUUGACCCUCGUCCCCAUUAUGGACCACCAGUUUCUGGAAACGACGACAAAAAAAACCCGCUUCAACUUGAUGUGACAGUUACAUUGUGCAAUAUAUACGCCAGACCCUUCUUCUUCCGUCCACGCUCAAGUCGAAACAGGAACUGGUUUCUUUACAUUUUUCGUUCUUGAUAUUUGUUGUCAUUGAUCAAAGCAAAGAACUUAAGAACUACAGAAACUUUACCUUUUCUAAUUUUUGAUUCCCACCAGGCCACCCUCUUGACCCCCCCCCCCCCCCCCAUGAAAAACUGUUGCGUUAACUCUUGCCGGAGAGGAGGAGCGAGGAUGGUCUUACUAUUAUAACUGUGUGUUCAGAAACUGUCUCUGCAGCCCUGAAACUCCUCAUACGUAAACAUUGAACUGGGGUACAUGAGAAAGCACCAUCAGAAAGCCCUUCCUCUCCCAGUUGCCACACCGAACAGACUGAAUCCAGAUGGGGAAGUCACUGGAGAUCUGGCACAAUACCAAAUAAGAGGGGUUUCUCCUAAUGCAGUAGAUCUACUACGAGUGUUCCUUGUAUUUGGUACUGUACAAAAAUGUAAAAGAUAGACUAAGUAACCUUUUGUCUAUUUCAAAGGGUUUUAUCAUAGCACUUAUGAAGAGAGCUAAACGCUUCAACUUGCAAACCAAUAAAUCAGAUAAAUGGAGCAGCAACUUUGAAAACUGAAAAAAAAAGACACAAAAAAGAACUCUUGCUCUUUUUGUACUGUAUCUAUACUUGGAAAUAACUUCUGGUAUUGGUUUGUUUCUCUUUGGUCCAAGGACUUGUAUGAACUUUAAAAUGGUAGCAGGAUGAAGAGAAGAGAAAAAAAGGAAGUCUACUUUUAUCUGACAAAAAAAAAAGUCUGCAGUGUUUGAUUUUUUUCUAAAGACAUUUUCUUUUAACUAUAUCAAAGUGAAUAUCACUGUUACUCCAAAAUGUUUAGCCUUUUUCUUGUCUGGAGACGCUAGACAUGCAAUGUUACCUGUCUCCGGCCAACGGUCGGUCGGCGUGGGGAGGGGGACGGUGACGGUCCACUGAGUGCCUCUCUGCUGUGGUGCCCAUGGCGAUGGUCGCUAGGCAAGGCUACCCCCACAGCAGCAUUUCCUCCUGGGCUGGCACCAAGCUCUCCCAUUGGACACCCUCAGCCCGGCAGGAAACCACGCUCCCUCCAAGACUGGCCAAUCAGCACGGAGCUAGCUAGCUAACGACCGCGCCAGCAGCACUCGACCUCGUCUCAACCAACCCUCUCCAUUUCCCCUAAUCUUCUUUCACACAAAGAUCACUUUAGCUGGAAGUCAAGAGACAGUCAAAUUUCUGGAAUUUUGCCAGUGUUUGAUGAAUUUUAUUUAGUUUUCGUUUGACGUUAUGUAUUUUUUGAUUUGUUAUUUUUGUCUACAUGCAGUGGUCUUUUCAAGAUGGCUGCUUGAAACUAGCCCUUUUCACUGUUCAUAUGCAGAAACACUUUGGUCAGAGGUGCCUCUGUAUGUUCAUCCUGUGUAUUGAAUGCAAACGAGGAUCAAUACUACAGCCCGUCAUUGAUUGUCUAUUAUUAGUUAGUAUCUUAACUGAUUGAUUGAUCAUUGCUUUGUUUUGGACAGUAUUCUGUAGUACUUCCAGGUAGUAUCUCAAGACGUGUAAGUUAGACCAAUAGGGUGUCUCAGAUGGGUGAGUGUGUCCUGCCUGACCCUAGCUGCUCCACCUGGGUUCCACCAGGGCUGUCCCCUCUCGCCCCCUCACACAGCUGCUACGCUACACCCUCCAGUCCCCUCCAAAGCAACCAACCUAGACCACGGCCAUGGCCCUCCCCUUGACCAGACAUAAACAGUCAGUUCUGUUUCUAUGCAAAAGACUAGAGGCUGCGGGCCCUUUAUAGCCAACGUGCCAAUCCUGCCUUAAGGGUUGAGCACCGACUCACAGAGCUAGACCCAACAACCUCCUGAUGUAUGUACCCUUCGGCACUUAGAAUAUGUCCGCUCCUGGUCCUUAUAGCUGGGUUUAAACCACAACACUGUCGUAUUCCAAACUUCCACCCUCCCUCUAUGGGGAGUUAGUACCACUGGAGUGGAGGUAUAGUAGGCCUCUCUUUACUGUGCUGAAGAAGACUGAUCUCCUGUCAGCUUGAUCUCAGGGUAGGAGACGACGUUAAAAGAUGCAGCUCUCUGUAUGUAUGUCCUUUUGCUGUAGUAUAAGAGAGCCAAGUUCUACACUAACUAAUGGCAAGCUGUGCAGUAGUACUAUAGUCUUGUUUUGGCUGGAGAAUUGUUUUUGGGAACGGGAUAGUAAUGAAUUCCCUUCCCAACUAUAGGCCUACUGUAAUGUUACAAUGUAGAGGCCCAUUAUGCAUGUAACAUGCCAAUGUUAUCCUAUGUGCCAAUACAAUCAAAUUAUAUAGAUCUCAAACUAGCCCAUGUUAUACGAUCUGGAGAAAGAGCUCUUCUCUUCCCAGGAUGGAGGAUCUUUGAUAACCUUUGUGAUGGAGGAUCUUUGAUUUACCUUUGUGAUGGAGGCUCUUUGAUUUACCUUUGUGAUGGAGGCAGGGGGGCAGGAGGGAUCAAACAGAUGGGUGGGGGCAACACACCUCAUCCUGAACUACUGAGAUAAUAUGGCCGGGUCUCAAAUGGCACCCUGUUCACUAUGUAGUGCAUUAUAUAGGGACAUAGGGUGCCAUUUGUGGGGAAUGCCCUGUUGUCGAGGAUAUAAUCGUUACUAAGUUUGGGGGAUCCAAGUAUCCUACGGUGCACAGUCAGUUUGAUGUUGGGUAAUCCUGGGUACAUAUUUUUUUAAACCAAAAAUGAAUUUCUUGCAUUUUAACGUAAUUUUAAUAUGAAGUUUGACAAAAAAUCUUUUUAAAAAAAUGUUUAAAAAAAUAAACAGACUAAAAUAAAUAAAAGAUCUAUAAUAUGUUAAAACUUAAGCUCUGCACUUCUAGCUGAAAUGUCUCCAGUCCAGCAACCUCUAACUUCUACCAUCCAGGGAGUCAGAAUGCAGGCUGGGGAGCCUUUUUGUGGAUGCUGUAUUUAUCCUAUUUGUUAGUGUUUCCUCUCAAAGCGGACCCACAACUGUAUAUUUCCACAGACCCAGAUGACUUCGGGCCCACUGUAUCAGCCCAGGUCGCUCGCCUCACUGUGUCUGCGGUAGGCAACGAGAGGGGGCGCAUUUCAAAAGGUACAAAGUCUUUAAAAAAAAAAAAUACUAAAAUGGCAUAAGGCUACCUUUUUGGGACUGUUUGGCGUCCUGCAGCACACUAGCAAAAAUCACUAUUGCCUGUUUCUGUAACUGCCUUGAUCCAAGCUCAGAGAGACCAAUUAGCCGGGUGGGGGCCUCCAAACGUCCGCUCGGUGUGUGUGUGCACCAGCACUGAGGGGCACGCCAUGCUCUCUCUCUACUGCUUAACUAUAGAUAUAUACGGAUAUGUACGUACGGUGUGUGGUAGGUAGCACAUCAACAGACACCUUGGAUCUCAAUCUCUAAAACCUUUUUAUUCCUUUUAAAAGGUCUGGGUUCAAUACAAACUGAAGAUGAGCAAUAUGUAUUCCCCCCGCAAAUAAGUGAUAUGAAGGAAAUGGAAUGGGGUUAGGGGUUAAACUGGUACUUGAUGGAUCAUGAGUAAUGUCUUUCCUACCUGGAGUUGGAUAUGCACGUUCUGGAUUUAUGAACAUAUUACAGUAAGUACCUUGAACUACUUGUACUGUAUGUGAAUUUGUCUAAAUAACCCAACCUGAAAUCACCUGUUUUUUAAAUGCAUACUUUCCCAGUAGAGAAAAAUAUCAUUAAACAUAUCAACACAAAAAUAUAAACACAAAUACUUGAAUCAAGGAGCGCCAAUAACGUAAUGUGAAGUCUCUUUUGUAGAAAGAAAAAAAGAAAAAAAAACAAAUUGACUAGUACACUUCCAAGCUUUUUGAGGUCAUCAAUUAAAAAAUAUAUAAAAAAUAAAAAGAUUGGAGAAAAAAAGUGCAAAAAUCAUUUGGUUGUGUGCUUGAAAGUCAAAUGUAUGUGUGCAAACAACUGUGUGCUUGGCAGGCUUAGGACUGCUGUCAUGUUCCAUUCAGUAUGUUGUGUAUUGACAUUGUUGUCUGUUCUUUUAUUCAGUUUAUUUGUUGCUUGUCAAAACUAUAUUCUGAUAGACAUUUAUCUUCUAACGUUGCACUGAGUGUCUUCUACCCCUCACUCAGCUAAUCGUAGACAAACGAGGGGAGAGGGUGACAAUUCAUGUGUAAAUGUUUACUCAAGGACUUAAUGGAAAAAAAGUUUUUGUUUUAUCUGUAAAAUGUUUAUCUACCUUAUAGUGGCUUUUAUUGUGGAAUAAUCCAAAACAAGGAUUAUCAUUGAGUAUUGCACCAUUUUGUUCUGAUUACAUACAAAUGUAAUGAAAAAAAGACAAAAAAAAUGAUCUAAGAAUUGUGGCCAUAGAUAGGACUAGUAAUCUCUGUUAACUUCAUGGAGAAAGGGAUCAUGUGGGGAGAUGAGUUUGUUACAGGACUCAUUUCAGAGGUGCCUAUCUUUUUCUUUAUGCAUAGCCACCUGUCGUUUACAAACAUGUCAUUUGUCUGAAGUUGAGGAAAAAGGAAUUUAGAAGAAAUGUUGAAAAAUACUAAUUCCAUCUUCCAUCAAAAAAUGAACAUAAAACAAACUUUGCAAAAUGAAGAUUUAUGCUACUUUCAGAACUCUGGGAUUGAUCAGUGUUGUCGUAUUUCAAUUUCUAAUUUCUCUUUUUUGAUGUCGACAGACUGUAUGUAUUGAUUUAUUUGAAUUUAGUCUUGUAAAAAGACAACGCAAUUUGCUCACUAUCUUGCACACUCGUAAAGAUGUGGAUCUUGUCUCGGAAAGGCCAGGAUUUCCAGAGUUCAAACUCCGCCAUUUGUAUUUAAAUUUGAGAGUUAUAAAUUACAAUAACUUUGAGAAAUGUAACUCCAGGCACUGAAAGUUAGGGAUUUAAAUAGAAUAUGAUAUACCAUUGCUUCUAAAAAUCCAUAGCGGUUACAUAAUUUACCAAAUAAAUGACUGAAAAUGAACUUUGAGAGAGAAAAAGUGGAGUGCUUUACAUGUAAACAAAAUUGAUCAGUGGUUUUAAUUGUCAAAAGGCAGUGAUAGUUUUACUUAUGCAUUUUCUUUGCGGUUCCAUCCUGUAACUUUCAGGAGCUUUGUGCAUUACUGUCUCUGUUCCUGUGGCAGGUAUUCAAUGAGUUAAGAGAUUCUGUCUAAUAGAUGGUUUUCAGGAGACAGAUUUGAAGUGGAGAGGGAGGGGGGGGAUAGCUGGUUUUUAAAGGAUCAUGAUCUAUGCACAAGUGGGAGGGAGAGUCUAGGCCUUCUUUUCUCUUGGGGCCUGGGACUUGUACUCUGGGGUUCAGGGUUUGAUGUAGGGGUGUGUCUUUGUGCUACAAAUUUGCUAUGUUAGAUUUUCUUCCCCCUCAUCAGAUUUAUGGCAAAACUUUCUAUUGCUUCGCCAUGCUGUGUAAUCCUUAAGCAAUGAGCGCUUAUCCUUCUGCUAAAGCACUGUGGGUUAUACUGAGAAAAAGCCCAUGACUUUUAAGGCGGUCUGGUUUUUGUAGGGGGGGGUGGUACUCUGCCUUUUUAUUUUAAAAAAACAUUAAGGAGAAAUGUCUGUACUGAGAAAGUUGUGGCUUUAUGUUUAUUUUUCUCCUCAUAGAAUGUGAUUGUUAAUGACAUGCACCGGAAAAAAACAUGUUUCAUGGAGCUUCUUUCGGAAUAUAUUAAUAAAUUGACAUUUUUCUUGGCUGUUAAA